CGCGUUGUAGCGCCACCAAUCUGCAAUGGUCACCAUAAUCGGUCGUGGUAAUGGACUCGGCCCGAAGCUACCGGUUAUGCCAUGACUGCACUGUUUCUUGUUGAUCGACCGAAACAUCCGACAUCAUGUCCUUUCCUGCAUCUCACAAAACCAUUUUUGUCUUGGACCAUGGGCCAUUCUUUGCCGAGUCGUGCGAGCACCCUGUAGAGUAUGAUGUGGUCGCUCUUAGCAAGACACGCUCGGCUGGUUUCAUUCCACUAGCGCCAUUUUGCAAGUCACUCUGGACAUGCAGCGUCGAAUCAGUGCUUGAGUAUUGCAGGGUGGUCUACGAUAUCUUCCCAAAAGGAAAAUUGAUUUGUGUAGUGGCCAGUGACACCCAGGCCAGACCCCUGAAUUCAUGGUCACCGGAAGAUCAGAAUACAUCACAGUUGAUGUCAUCACUGGCAGCCCUGGGGCCGCUCCGUUCGUCUAAGAAUUCAGACGCCAGCAUUCUAAACGGCCUGUCUUCAGCCAUAGAGAUGAUGAUGGAAGGAACGGACCAUCAGGUGGUGGCUCAGUCGCUGAUGAAUGAGGAUGGCGGGGAGGAGAAGGUCGUCAACAGAGGGCGCAUCAUAUGCCUGACGUCCGUCAAGAGUGAAUCACAUGGGGAUAUGCUUACAGAGUACGUACGAGACGCCAUCAUGCAGCAGAACAAAGUAGUGGCGACCUCGGACAGUGACAACCUACUUUUGGUCGGCCAUUGCGAGCUGACCCUGAUCAACAUCCUUCCGACCAACAAGGAGUCGGGGCUCAAAGACCGGUCUGCCACCACUAUGUCUCCGCACCUGAGCGCCGAGAUCCACUCGGCCAAGGCGGGUCGCCACCUGGCCAACAAACUCUCUGUGCUUGCCCAGAAACACUAUGAUUUAGCCAUCACCACGGUUACUGGCAUACCGAUGAAGGAGGAGCAAAACGCCAUGAGCUCAGCUAACUAUGAUGUAGAGCUGCUCCACCUGAAGGAUGCACACAGCGAGCUACGCAAGCUGGAGGCCAUUAUGACCAACCAGCCGGAACCGGAGCCCUCCAACACCAUGGUCAUAUCCACCAAGGGGCCCGUGGCUACCGUCACCAAGUCCCCGGAGAGCAACAACAUCCUACUGAAGUGGUGCCAGCCCAGAUCCAACUCAGUGGAGUUGCUCCAUUGCAUGGGUGCCUACAGAAUUUCACCAGUUGGAGUUAAUAGUCGACCGUCCGUCUGCCUGACCAACUUCCUCCUGAACGGCCGUCAGGUCAUGCUGGAGCAGCCUCGCAAAUCAGGCACCAAGGUCAUCUCACACAUGCUGGCCAGCCACGGUGGCGAGAUCUUCCUGCACUGUCUGGCCACAGCUAGGUCCCCCCUCGAGGACCCUCCCUCCAUCAGCGAGGGGUGCGGGGGCAGGGUCACGGACUACCGCAUCAACGACUUUGGGGAGUUCAUGAAGGAGAACCGGCUGGCACCGUGCCAGCCCACGCCCGAGACGGAGGAGGAGCCACCCGUUGAUAGGGCUAAAGCCCAGCUGGAACGCAUGACAAGACACUGGCCCAUGGUCAUCAGCGAUACAAUCAUCUUCAACAUGCCAUCGCACUUGGACCCCUUACCCACCCUCAUCACUAAACUUGUCCUGACAGACGAUGAUGUUUUGGAAUGCAAGAAAGCCAUGUAUCAUGUUGUUGGCAUGGAAACGAGAAAUGAGCCACUCCCAGUGCCGAUGGUGGGAUCACGGGGCAAGGGCCCCAAGAGAGAUGAGCACUACCGGCAGAUGUGGGCAGAGCUAGAGGUAUUGGUGCGAGCCCACAGCAGCACGUCGCCAGCCCACGAGAAGAUACUACAGUGCUUGCUUGACUGUCGCAAACCCCCUGGGGAGGAGGCAGGCAAGGCAGCAACCAAGAGGGCGGCAGACAAGGUCAAAGUGGAAAGGUCAGAUGCAGAAGCCAUGGAAAUUCAACCUGCGUGGCCUGAAAGCGACAGAAGUGGAGCAGAUAUCAAGCCGGACAUCCACAAGGAGAAUGUUAGAGGUGUCUCUGAUCAACCUCCCUUGAAGAAACAGAAGAUGUUUACUGGGGAAGUCAUUGGCAAGCCCAAAGCUGGACCUCAGUCACUGCUGUCGCUCUGGAACAAUCGCAUCAACUCCAUCCACUCCAAGAGGCACGCCGAGUUUGCAGGAAGGCAGGAGGCAACGGGCAAGGUGGCAGAGCUCUACCCCAACCUGAUGAGGGAAGAAAAGGAGAGCACUAACGGGGAAGUCAAGAAAGAGAGGACAACGUGACAUCAAGGAGACGUGACUUAGGGAUUAGGGAUAACAGGUGUAGGAACAUUAGGGGCAAGACGUUUGAAGUCCCAUUCUGAUUUCUGAAAUUUCACUGUUACACCUUCCUCACAACGUAAGAGGGCUCUCAUCAAAGAGGGGCUUGAGUCAGACCACUGGUAUCUUGCAUAAAGAUGCAAAACACCCUUACACGUCCCGGCUAUAUGUGACAAAACACUCGUCAGUUCCUCACUAUUGCCAGAGAAGAAAGAGUUAUUUGCAAUGCAGAAAAACCUCCCGAACAACCUAAUGGACAUUGUGACCUGUGACCUUUUGCCCUUUGGCAUAUUCAAAAUAGCUUGCUUUGACUCAUCUGCUUCACUGUGAUCACAUCCAUACCGUACAAUUUAUUCAUGAAUACCCGGGACAUUUUUUCUACUCUCACUGAUCAAAAUGCGUCACGUGACCAUGUAUUAACAUUUGAUAAUGCCCGCUGCAAUUUGAUAAUGCCUGCUACGUAAAAUCCAUUCUGAUUGGUCAAGAGUCUCUGUGCACGCAGCACAUUGAACUCACCACGCACGCUCCAAAUCCAUGUAAGGAGAUACUUCUGGACUACUUGCAUAAGGAAUAUACCAUCAAAUGGACGGGGGUGUUCAGUGAAAUAAAAGUAAAAGUUUUGAGUAAAAUCCUUGGAAAUUUACCAUAUAGUGAUUUCCUUUGACGCUCUGACUACAGUGGUAUUUAUGAAUGGGAAUAAAUAAUAUGCUUGCAAUUGGUUGAUCUUUAACUAACAUUCAAGUCCGGCUCAGGGGAAUGGUUGUGACUGAUGCCCGAGCAGCAGGCUCCUGAGUAAAAUGCAUGUUUAAGACUGGCCAAGUACAUAUUUAUUUCCUUAUUUUAUAUCAUGUGUAUUGAUAUUUCUAGUGAUAAACAUUCGGUUGAUAUGCUUUUACAAAGGGGAGGCGAAUGUCAUGUGACUAAACUACAUGAUUUUUGUAAAGACUUGGCACAUGAUCUUUUUAUCGGAUUCAAGAUGCACGGACAAAUCUCUUCAGAGUAGUAAGUCAACACUAGCUUCAGAAAGAGGAGACUUAUUUUCAGAUCGUUUAAGAGCAAUGUUUUGUAAUAUUGUAAAUAUGAAAUAAAAGGACUUUUAC